AUGACAUAUUUUGUAAUAUCAAAACUAAAUAAUAUAAAAAGUUUAAAAUUUAAGAAAAUUUUAAAUUUUUAUGCUUCAAAUAAUUAUUGCAGCAGUAUAUUUGAUUUAAUAACAAAAAAGAAAUUAGAAUUAGAAAACAGAAAUGAUAGUUCAAUAGAACAAGAAUUACUUCAAAAUGAAAAAAAAGAAAAAGAAUAUUAUAACAAACUUUUAAAUGAUGGAGUCAAUAUAGAGAAUAAGAUUAAUAAUAGGAAAAACUUAAAUUAUUCUAGAAACAAAAAUAUGAUAGAAACAGAAGAUUUAAAGAUUUUAGAAAAUAAUGAAUUAAGUACAGAUGUUCCGGAAAAUUAUAUUUAUAACAAUAAAUUGUACAUCCUUAAGUAUAUAAAGCAUUUACAAAUGAAUGAUGAAAUAAGUAAAUAUAGAUUUAUAACUAAGUAUAUAAUUAAUAAUAUAACAAAAUUUUAUGAUAAUGAAUUACUAUUUAUACUAAAAGUAUUUUCAAUGAAAAAAUAUAAAAAUUUGCUUUUCCUACAGUGCACAAGUGAAUAUUUUUAUUGGUUAUGUAAAUUAAAUAAAAAUUCCCAAAAAAAUAUAUCAUACUAUUUAUAUUUUUGUAGUAUUUUAAAUUAUAUACCCACAAUCAAAUUUUUAGAAGAAUAUAUAAAAAUAUUUAAUUUCUAUGAAAAAGGAAUAAAAAAUAAUUUUUUUUUUUUUAAUAUGAUUGAAGAAGAAUCUAAUAUAUAUCACAAAAAUGUUGUUAAGUAUAUGAUUCAUGUAUUAUUUUUUUUAAAUAAGGCAAAUAUAAAAAAUGAUCUUUUUGAUACUUUAUUAUAUAUGUGUAGUUAUUAUGCAAGUGACUUAACAUUAAAAGGUACUUUUUUAUUAUUAAAAAUAAUUGUAAAUCUUGACAAUGAUAAAUAUAACUUGAAUACUUUUAAAAAUAUUCAUAAAAAUAUUGAAAGAAAUUUGGAAUUAUUGGAGCAACGUGAUUUUAAUAGAUAUUUAAUUAUUCUUUUAUGUAACAAUAUUAAUUUAGAUGAUACAUUUUUUAUUUUUAUAAAAAAUUAUGUGGAAAAAUAUCAAAUGAAUCUAUCAGUUAAUUCAGUUAUGUCAAUAUUAAAAAUAAAAAAAAGAGUAAAUUGUAGAGAUCCCGUAAUAUUAAAAAAACUUUUAAAUAUUAUAACAUAUAAUUUCUUUGAUUAUAAUUAUAGUAACAUUUUAUAUAUAUUAAAAAUAUUGUCUUUUUUUAAUUAUUUUAAUGAAAAAUUUUUUUAUUUCCUUUUCAGUAAGUUUGUUAAUUUAAAAAAUUAUAAUGCUGCUUUUAAUGAUAAAGAACAGAUAAAAAGAAAUGAUCAAAUUACUAUGCAAAACAAAAUUACGUCAAAUUUUACUAAUAGUAUAAAUUUAACCAAUAAUUUUAAAAUGGAUAGUAUAGAUACAUAUUUAAAUUUAAAAAAUGACAAUAGUGAUUCUUGUCGUAAAGUGGUUACAGAAAAAGUUGAUCUUAAUCAUUUGUGUAAGGAUCUUAUUGAUGAAAGAAUACAAGAAAAUAAUUUUUUUAAAUAUAGAGAUAAAAUAAUUUAUAAAAACAAUUUAAAAAAAAAAAUUUACAAUAAUGAUUAUAAAAAUUAUAAUUAUGAUUAUAACUGCUACAGCAAUUAUUAUAAUAAUGAAGAUAUUAAUAAUAUAAAUAGUAAUAAUUAUCAUAAUAAUAUUUUUAAUUCUUAUGAAGAUAAUACAUUUAAAAAUAUGAAUAAAUUUAAUAAUCAUAAGAAUAGAAAAUAUAUAGAAGAUCCAAAUAAUUUACACUAUCAAAUAGAAAAUAGUAGUAAAAAAAUAAAUGAACUGACUCAUUUACCUUUACAUUUAGAUGUUCAUAAAACAAAAAUGAAAAUAGAUAGUUCAAAUAUAAUUAAAAAUCAAAUAGAUAUAAAAUAUAAUCAAUUAAACGAAAUGUCUUAUGACUUAGAAUAUACUGAAAUGUUUAUUAACUUAUUUAUUUAUUUAGGAAAAUCUGGUUUCCGAAGUGUUGAUUCAUUAAAUAUUUUAUCUCAAAAAAUACAAUUUUAUUUAUGUAUGAGAAAUAGUUACGACAGUUAUAAUAAAAGAAAAGGACUAUUUAAAGAUUCAGAAACAAGAUUCUUAGGAUUUUAUGAUAAUAUAAAUAAUAUUAAAAAUAAUAUAAAUUUUAAUUUGGAAUUUCAAAGCAAGUCCUUAUUAGAUAAUAAAAAUAAUUUUUCCUUAAUUAAUAAUGAAGAUAAAUUAAAGGAAGUAGACAACAAGUCAAAACAGAUGAAUAGUGUGAUAAAUAAUAAAAAUUGUGGUAUGGCCAAUAAUAAUAAUAAUAACAUAAAUAAUAUUAAAAAUAAAAAUAAUAGUAAUGUUAAUAAUGGAAAGAAGGUAAAAGGAUUCUGCUUACAUUUCACUUAUGAUGAAAGUAAAAAAAUUAAUUUUAAAAAUAUAAAAAAAAAAAGAGAAUUAAUUUCAAAUAAAGAAAAAUUAAAUGAAAAUGAUUCUGACAGUAAAUAUACGAACGUAGAAAGUUUUAGAUUAAGUAAAAUUGAGAAUAAAAAUAAAAUAAAUCAUUUAAUUGUAGAAGAAGAACCAAAAAAAAAAAAAAAAAAAAAUAGUAUCAUAAUUAAAUUCUUUAACAAUUUUCAUCCUGCUUUAAUUCGUCUUCAUAAUCGUAAACUUUUUAGAAAAUAUUUUCAUAAUUCUUAUAGAAGCGAGAAAUACACAGAAAAAGCCUCUAAAAAGGAAAAGAUAAAUAAAGAGGAUAAAACAAAUUCAAGAAAUAUAAAAGAAAAAAAAGAUUUACGAUUAAAGAAAUACAAAAAAAUAAAAAAUUUAAGAAAUAAAUGCUUAAAAAGAUAUAAGUAUAUAUUUGAAAAUGAAUCUAACAUUGUAUUUAAUUACAUAAAUAAAAUAUAUCAAAAUGAUACAAAAAAAGGAGAAAAUGAUAUGUUAGAUAUGAUAGUAAAUAAUAAUGAAAUUCAUGUUGAUGAUUUCUUAUUUGUUAAUUAUAAUAUAUCUAUUAGUAAUAAGACAUUUUUAAAAAAGCAUAAUAAAUUUAUUGCAAAUAGUAAUAAUAUAACUCACGAAGAAUAUAUGAAAAAAAAAAGCACAACAAUAAUAAAAGAAUAUAAAAGAAAUGAUAUAAUUAAAUGGAUUUAUCGAUUCAAAAACAAUUAUAAUAUUUUUAAUAAUAACAAAAAUCUGAAUAUAAAUGAUAAUGAUAUUAAAAAAUUAAAUAUACACAUAAAUGAGUAUUAUAGUACUUCCAAUGAAAAAUUAAAAAUAAGUUUAAAGCAUAUUGCACUAAUAGCUUAUUCUUGCAGUAAUUUGUACUAUUUGGAUAAGAAAUUAAUAGACAUUUUAUUAUUCAAUGUAUGUAAAAUAAUAGAUACUUUUUAUUUAUCUCAAAAAAAAGAAUAUAAGAAUAAUUUGAAUGUUUCAAAAACAAACAGUUAUUAUUUGUAUAUAUUUGAGCACAUCUGGAAGUUCUUAAUUACAUGCUUGCAAAUGAAUUAUUUCAUAAGAAAUAUUUUAAAAAUUGACAAUAGAUACAGUACUGUUGAAAAACUAAUUAAAAUAUAUGCAAACUCGUAUUUUUUAUUUAAUUUUAAAAAUAUUAUUUACAUUCUUAAUUAUAUCAAUGGAGUUUUAUUGUUAAAAAAUUCCGAAUUGUCUUUUAUUGAUAAGUUUCUAAUAGGUUACUUUGAUAUUUCUAUUAUUAUAAAAAGUUUGUAUAUUUAUAAUAAAAAAUUAUUUUUAAUAAUGGAAAACAACUAUAAAAAUUUUACAAUUUCUAAUCUAAAUAAUUUUCACUAUUUUAUUUAUUAUAUAUCAAAACUUUAUUUAACUUAUUUAAAUAUUUUGAUAAAUAGCAGAAAUUCCCCUUCUAGAGAUUUAACAAAUUGCAUAAAAAGCAAUGAUCUAUAUAAAUAUUUGACAUGUAUAAACUUCUACAUGAUAUUUUCUUAUAUGUUUUAUACAAAAAUAAAUGAAAAAAUAAUCGAAAAUAAAAAAAUAUACUGUACUUGUUUUAGCUCUGACAUUAUUGAAAAUGAUGUAUUUGACAUUAAUUUUAUUUACAAUAAUGCUAUUGAAAAAAGUAAUAUUGAUAAUAUUCAGGAUAAUAAUGAUACACAAGAUAAAUGGAAUAAUAAAGUAAGAAACAAAAAAGGAGUUAAUUUAAUUAUUAUUUUAGCAACAGUUUUAAAAUUUAUUAAAUUAAUAAGAAAUCAAAAAAUUUUAACUGAAUCCGAAGAAAACGUCAAUUAUCUAUAUCAUGUUAUAAGAUUUUAUUACAUUUUUAAAAAAGUUUUUAGAAAUAAGAAUAUAAAUCAUAUUAAUGAAAAAAAUUAUCAAGAAGUUUUUCCAUUAUUUAUAAUUAAAAUAUUAAAUAAAAAACAAAUAAAUGAAAUCCAUUUAGAUAAAAUUUUUUUUUUUGACACUAAUAAAUAUACAACAAAGUCUUUUUUUUAUCAAAAAACAAUAAUUUAUAAUUAUUUUUCAUCUUUUUUUUUAAAAAAAAAAAAAUAA